ACUGAAGUUGUAUAUCAUCACAACAUCAUCCAUAUGUAACCGUCGUUUAAUCCAUUGAGAGAGAGAGAGAGAGAGAGAGAGAGAGAGAACGGUGAUCUCCGACCGGUUUCCGGUACACGCAACCGUCCGACAACAUAGGUAUCAACUCGCACACCAACGAAAACCCCCUUCCUUGUUUCCGUUUUCUGCCCUCGAACGGAUAUAGGGAGAGAGAGAUAGUGGCGGCAGAAUGAUGUUAUCGGUGACUGGGUUUCUUAUGUGACUCCCUCGCAUCAUUCAAAUUCCACUCAUCUUCCUCUUAUUUGCGGCAACCGAGCAUUCAGCCUCAUCCGCCGGAUAUUUUUUGGUGGAGGUGGGGGGUUAUAUAGGGCGUGUAACGGUGGCAGACAGUGGGCGGAGGAGAUGCGACACGUUGGUUAUUAACAUUAAAGUCACGACCGUAUUAGAAAAUCAACGUUUAGCGUUAUGUUGUUGAUGGAAAAUGACGGGAAACGCUGCAUGGAGGAGACGUGACGGUUUGUUAGUAACUGCAAACAGACGGCGUCGUAGUGUUUUUGGUAAUGGCCAUUGUGCAUUUAUAACGACGGUUGGUAAUGGUAAAUGGUGAGAAUCAAAAUGGACAUGGAACAAGAGUCAGAGUGGAACGCAGCACAGAAUAUUUCAAUAAGUGAAAAUCUCUUGGAUGCUGCUAAGCGUCAACUGCAGUUUCUUCAAGUUGUAGAUAGAAACCGUUGGCUUUAUCAAGGCCCGGCCUUACAAUGGGCAAUCUAUAGGUACAAUGCAUGCUGGCUUCCGUUGCUUGCUAAACAUUCCGAUUCUCCGAUCACCGAAGGACCUUUAGUUGUUCCUCUUGAUUGCGAAUGGGUUUGGCACUGCCACAGGCUCAAUCCAGUUAGAUACAAAUCUGAUUGUGAAGAAUUUUACGAAAAGAUUCUUGACAAUUGUAACGUUGCGUCGUCUGUUCAAGGAAUAUCGAAAAGCGAAACGGAAGAAAUAUGGAACAAACUAUACCCUGACGAGCCCUAUGACUUUGACAUGACACGCGCUUUCUCAACUGAAGCUGUAUAUAAAACUCAAAGCUUUUCGAAAUAUGAUUUUGCUUUGGCUAUUGAAAGACAAAGCCCGUUCUAUUAUCAGGUAUCCAGACCCCAUGUGAAGAGCGAUCUAUUUCUCGAAGCAGCUGUAGCAAGAUACAAAGGCUUUUUGCAUAUCAUCAGGAGAAACAGGGAACGAUCCGUAAAACGGUUUUGUGUUCCGACUUAUGAUAUCGAUCUGAUUUGGCAUACUCACCAGUUACAUCCCGCUUCCUACUGCAAAGAUCUUACAGAAUUAAUAGGAAAAGUUCUUGAGCAUGAUGACACGGAUCAAAACCGAGCAAAAGGUCAGAAACUGGACACGGGGUUUUCCGAAACUACCAAACAAUGGGAGGAAACAUUCGGUUCACGGUAUUGGCGGGCAGGGGCGAUGUAUAGAGGUGCCGCCCCGUCUCCUGUAGCUACCGCUCCUUGCAUACCGGAGAUUACUGUCAGUAAUUCUGAUUCGACUAGAGGGUUUGAGCGGUUGAUUGACGGCCCUAAAACAAGCUACAUUGAAGUCCUUUUGGAGUUUGUAGAAAUUAAGAACCUGCCAGAGAGUAAUAAGGGAAAAGUCAACGUCUUGUUCAGCAAGGCACAACCUGACGGAAUAUUCAACGUGAAAAGGAAACUCACCAUCCAAUCUGAGACAGGCCAGAAACAGGUUGCAAUAUUCCAGUGUCAACCUAGCGGAUAUUUGUUAUUUGAACUUGUGUCUCAAUCAACAAAGGCCAAAACCAUCGGUACUUGUUAUAUAUCUAUGGAAGAAUUCUUUGGCCCUGUUUAUAAACUCUCGGUGGAAAGAUGGUUGGAUUUGGCUCCUAGUUCAGGCACUGUUGGUUCUGAAUUAAUCAGUCUACGAGUUGCAGCAUCGUGUACUUUGCCGAUUCCAGCACCACAUGUGGCUCAGAUGUUACAAACUUCCCGUAUUACAACAAGAUCUUGCUUUUCUCCGCUUUCGAGUAUGGUUCGGUUCACCAAGAGUUGGAGCUUGAUUAUAGACCCAGCUGGUGAUGAGAUUAUCAGACUUCGAAUGAGGGAGUUGAAAAGAAGUAAAAGUACAGACAAGUCAUCAACUAAAGAGAUACAUGCGCGCACAAAAGCAGGAGAAACACUUGUUGUUGGACAAUUUAUAGGGCAAGAGUGGUCUUUACUGGAUUCUGUAUGGUCCCUUAAGCCCGAGAACACCAACAACAAAGAUUCCGCCCUCCUGCUCACCGGCCCGCACAUGGUUAAACUCGUUACUGGUAGAAAGCUUGAUUAUGAGCCAAAGCACGUCCAUAAGCAAACAAACGAACGCAAUUUCAUGACGGCAAUUGAGUUUUCAGUUGACCACCCGUAUGGGAAAGCAGUAGCGUUGAUUGACCUCAAAACUGGACUGUUGACGUUACAAGAAGAUUGGUUUGCAUUGGCUGGAAUAGUUUCAGCUUUUGUAGCAUCAAAACACUUUCACAAAGGAAGAAUAUAAUGAGAUUGUAAAUGUAUUGGUUAUAGGUUGUAUAGUCUUUAACUUUUACUUUGAGAUUGUCCAUAUUUCUUGUUUUCCUUAGAAAACAGGUUUUCUUAACAUCUUAUAGCAUGUGAUGAUUUCAAAAUAUAAAGUUUGUGCUGUUGUGUAAAGAUGAUGAUGAAUAAAUCUCUAGUUUAUAGUUUUAUUAA